AACCAACGUGUAACCUUACCCAGAUGACAAACUCUAGUGGGAGAGAACAACAAACUCUCUCUCUCUAGAAACUCUUUCUCUCUCUAACCUAAAAACUCGUUAACAUAGUUAUUUACAUAACCCCGUGUCUUUUACUCGUUAUAUUUUUCAGUUUUCAUGAAGAUUCACUCUCUCUCUCUUUAACUAACAAACUUAACAACAACCUAGAGAGAGAGAGAUGGAAGGUGGAGGAAAAGGCGGUGGAGAGAGAAAGAGAAACGGUGGUGUCGUUGUUGACGGUGGAGCAGAGAGAAGAUACAAAGGAAUUCGUAUGAGAAAGUGGGGUAAAUGGGUAGCUGAAAUACGAGAACCAAAUAAACGUUCUCGUAUUUGGUUAGGUUCAUAUUCUACACCUAUCGCCGCCGCUAGAGCUUAUGACACCGCCGUUUUCUAUCUCCGUGGUCCUUCUGCUCGUCUUAAUUUCCCUGAAUUACUCGCCGGUGAAAACAACAACAACAACUCUGUUGUUUCUUGUGAUUUAUCUGCUGCUUCGAUUCGUAAAAAAGCUACUGAAGUUGGUGCUAGGGUUGAUGCUCUUCAAGCCACUCUUCACCAUCAUCAUCACCAUAAUCAUCAUAAUCAUAACCACCGUGUUACUCCGCCGCCGCCGGAGUUACUUAACGGUGGUGGUGGUGGUGGUUCUGGUGAUUUUGCGGAGCGGGUUGAUUUGAAUAAGAUUCCUGAACCGGAGAGUUCAGAUUGUGAAUGGGAAGUUAAUUGAGUUGAGAAAGAAAAUUGUGAGAAGAAGAAUCGAAAAAAAAAAAAAGUGAUUCUUCUUCUUUUUCUUCGCGUUUUGGGGUGGUUGCUAACGUGCGCCGUGGAGGUUUUGUGACGGCUGAAGCAAAAAGUGUUGUUGUUGAUGAAGCCUUUGGAGUUUGGUCGGUGGGUGGUGUGGAUUAGAGUACUGUUUUUCUUUUCUUUUUUUAUUUUUAUUUUUUUUUUACUUUUUUUUCUAUUGGGUACUUUUUUUAUUUAAGAUUUUACAGAAGAAAUUUUGGCAUUGUAAAGAUGUUAAAUGUAAAUUAAUUAUGAUUAUUAUUAUGAUUAGUUGGUAGUAAUCAAGAGAAACUUAAUGUUUCUUUGUUUUUAUUUCUA